AUGAACUCCUUCCCAGCGCUCAGCUCAGCUCACCCCCAUUACUGUCUACAUGUAUAUACGUAUGUAUGUGAGCCCGAGGAGCUGUGCACACCAGCUGCGAUGGGUCGAUCCCUCCGAGGAGACUCGAUCGCCUCGCCUUUAUUUCAGAUUCCCCCCGUUCCAUCCUCUCUCUACAUCUCGCGCAAAGAGGAGAAACUGGCGAAAGGUCAGCGGGUGAGCAGAGAAUGCUUUCAUUGCGACAGAGAAGUGAUAUGUGGAGUAGGGGAUUUUGUGGGUGACCAGCUUGAUUCAAUCGACCACUCGACACUGAAAUUCUUCACUUAUCUCUUUCGGAAACGUGCUGCCAUUUUCUAUCUCUUUGACUCACGCCAUUACUUUUUAUAUUUUUCUUCUUUCAACGACUUUAUCUCUCUCUCUCUCUCUCUCUCUCUCUCUCUUCUCUAUUUUCUUCCUCUCUUUCUUUUUUUCUUCCUCUCUUUCUUUUUUUUUUCUACAUUCCUUCUAUGUCACUGUCUCUCUCUUUUCUCCCUCUCACUCCCUCUCCCUCCCUCUCACUCACUCUUUCUCCCUUGUUCCCUCAUUCACUCACUCGUUCUAUUUCUCUCUCUUUCAAUAUCUCUAGUUCUGUGUCAUUGUCUCUCUCACUUUCUUUCUUUUUCUCUUUCUUUUUCUUUCUUUCCUUUCUUUCUUUCUCUCUCCACCUUUCUCUCUUUGUAUGUUCCCUUUUUGCCUGUUCCAGACUCAAGCACAGCCUGGCACAAAUCGAUUAAGAGAGUAGUAAUCAUGAAUACCUAA